AUGGCUCUCUUUUUCUUCUUGAUCUUUGGCUUUUGCAUUGGACCUGGACUUCUAGAGUCUUCACCCAAAGUGCGACUGGUGAGAGGUCCCCAUCGCUGUGAAGGGCGGGUGGAAGUGGAACGGAAUGGCGAGUGGGGCACUGUGUGUGACGAUGGCUGGAACAUGGAAGAUGUGGAAGUGGUGUGCCGGGAGCUGGGCUGUGGAGAAGCCAAGGGGACACCCAGUGGUAAUUUAUAUAAGCCCCUGGCGGAUGAAAAACAAAAGAUCUUCAUCCAAGAUGUCAACUGCAAUGGGACGGAAGAUAAAUUGAUUGACUGUGACCAGGUGGAAGACGUUUAUCAAUGCUCCCACAGCGAGGAUUCAGGGGCAAUAUGUGAGAUUCCAGAGACCGUGAGGCUGGUUGGUGGCCCUGGGAGCUGCAAGGGGCGCUUGGAGGUGAAGCACCAAGAUCAAUGGGGCACUGUGUGCAAAGCAGGCUGGAAUCUCUCAGCUGCGAAGGUGGUGUGCCGACAACUGGGGUGUGGGAAGGCUACACUGACCAAAAAAUGCUGUAACAAGGAUACCCAGGGCCAAGGACUCAUCUGGCUGAGCAAUGUAUCGUGCUCAGGACGGGAAGGAAACCUUCAGUAUUGCCUUUCUGGGCUUGAGGGGAAUAAUAACUGCACCCAUGAUGAGGAUACAUGGGUCGAAUGUGAAGAUCCCUUUAAAUUGAGGCUGGUAAAUGGAGACACCAGGUGCUCUGGGCGACUGGAAGUGCUGCACAAAGGCAUAUGGGGCUCUGUCUGUGAUGACGGCUGGGCGACAGAGGAGGAGCAGGUGGUGUGCCGGCAGCUGGGCUGUGGAAAGCCAGCCUUUGUACCUGCCAAAGCGCGGAGAAAGUUUGUCCCUGGGGAUGGGCGCAUCUGGCUAGAUGAUGUCCAUUGCCAAGGGCAAGAGCAGUCCCUGGAGCAGUGUCAGCAUAGGUCCUGGGGGUAUCAUGACUGCAACCACAAAGAAGAUGUGGUCGUAUUCUGCUUGGAGUCUUCACCCAAAGUGCGACUGGUGGGAGGUCCCCAUCGCUGUGAAGGGCGGGUGGAAGUGGAACGGAAUGGCGAGUGGGGCACUGUGUGUGACGACGGCUGGAACAUGAAAGAUGUGGAAGUGGUGUGCCGGGAGCUGGACUGUGGAGCAGCCAAGGGGACACCCAGUGGUAAUUUAUAUAAGCCCCUGGCGGAUGAAAAACAAAAAAUCUUCAUCCAAGAAGUCAACUGCAGGGGGACGGAAGAUAAAUUGAUUAAAUGUGACCAGCUGGAAGACGUUUAUGAUUGCUCCCACAGCGAGGAUGCAGGGGCAAUAUGUGAGAGUGAGUAUGGCAGGGCUCAAGGACUAUAUGCCAACUGCCCAUAG